AUGUGGAGCUCUGUCGAAGUGAGGCUCCGCCUGUGGCUGCAGGCUGAAGAAAAAGAUCCACCAGAACCUGCUAAUAUCAGGUUGAUGGGAGGAGCCACCCACUGUGCCGGUGGACUGGAGAUGAAGCUUCACAAUGACUGGAAACCAGUGGAUGACCUUCUGUUUGACUGGAACCUGAGGACAGCAGCUGUGUCUGUCAGGCUGGUGAAUGGAACUACUCUGUGCUCAGGUGGAGUGGAGGUCAAGGCUGACCAGUCAUGGUCCUCGGUGUGUAAAGGUGACUUUGACUGGCAGGAUGCAGAGGUGGUCUGUAAAGAACUUGGCUGUGGGGCUCCUUUAAAACUCCAGCAGGUGUUCUAUGGCAACAUAACGGCUCUUGAGGGGUCAAAAGAGUUCAAGUGCAGAGGCAAUGAGACCACCCUCCUGGACUGUGAAAGCUAUGAGUCAACAAGAAACACCUGCUCACCUGCAGGACUCACCUGCUCAGAGCCUGAUAAUGUCAGGUUAGUGGAAGGAGGCAGCCGCUGCACUGGCAGACUGGAAAUGAAACUCCAUGGUGACUGGAAACCAGUGGAUGGUUUGAAGGGGGGGCUGAAGUCUGCAACUUUAGUUUGCAGAAAGCUGAAAUGUGGCUUUGCUGUUUCAACUGCAACAAAGCCUUCUGCAGCAAAAUCUGUGUGGGGGAUCCUUUCUUCUAGAAUUCAGUCUGGAUCUGCACUGAGAGAGCAUGUAUCAUUGAGGCCCUGGCACUCCUCAUCCAGACUGGAGAUCACCUGCUCAGAUCUGCUGUUUCAGCCAUCGAUCUCCAUCUCUCCCUCCAUCGACGGGGUCUACGAGUCGUCUGACUUCACCAUAAGCUGCUCCAUUAAACCACAGUACCCAGGAGGCUCUUUCCAGCUCACCUUCACCACCUCUAACACAACACAAAUCUACACCCAGAAAGCUGUCAAUCACACCGCCAACUUCCUGUUUCCGGAUGCAGACCAUGGCCACCAAGGGAACUACAGCUGUGUUUAUCACGUCCAAGCCACCAGAGGGCAGCAGCCAAGAGGCCAGGAGAACUUGGAGCUGGACUACAACAACCUUUGGGCUUCCAGAGGUGGUAUGCCAAAAGAAGAAGAAACAGACCUCUAA